CGAAUCUCCAUCACAAUCGUCACAAUCCAUCCAUUGAACCUACCUAUCCAAAAUCUUUGGUAGGUCUGUACCUACCUACCUAACCUAACACAUAACAUUCUCGGAUUGUCGCUCGACUCCACCAUUACUGCGGGGUUAAAUUAUUUUUAUUUAUUACUAAUGAUAUUUAUACAUAAAAACAAGGCUAUACGUAACAUUUUGUAAUAACAUUUGAUGUUUUGACAAACAGCUAGCUAUACAAUGGCUACAUCUAAUUUGAAAUUAUUAUGUAGUACUUUCGGCAAGCUAAGUGUGGGUAAAAUAAUCACUCGUUCAAAUGCAUUUUAUAAACCACCAAGGUUUCGACCUCCUUAUUGGUAUAUGCCCAAGGAUCGUGUGUUGACUGAUGAUCAAUUAACAGUAGAAAAUAAGCAAUUUCUAGAAGAAGUUAUGAAUGACAGAUAUAAAAUUCAACAAGAAAGGGCAUCUCCAUUAGCUGAUGCCAAUACACAGCUAACCACAGCAACAGAGUGGAGCCCCCGCACUAGAAGAGUAGGAUUGAUAGCAAGAAAAAUUGGAAACUACCCAGUGUGGGACAAAAAUGGAAAAAAGAUAUUGUCUACAUUAUUACAGGUUGUGGAUAAUCAUGUCAUAAAAUAUAUUCCUCCUGAAGAGUUUAAACCUCAAAUACUCAAUAAAGUGAAUUGGCGUGAAAAGCAGAGGAUGGGUUGUGUUCUAGUUGGUUCUGAGACUGUUGAUCCAAGUACACUGAGAAAAGAGUAUUGUGGCAUAUUUGAUAGUGUAGGAAUGUUGCCAAAGCAACAUUUAUGCAGAUUCAUUGUUUCCCCAGAAGCAGCUCUACCAACUGGUACACCACUUUUUGCUACUCAUUUCAGAGUUGGUGACCAUAUUGAUGUUAGAGCAAAAACAAUGGAUAGAGGAUUCCAAGGUGUUAUGAAACGAUGGGGAUUUAAAGGUAUGCCAGCAUCUCAUGGAGUGACUAAGACUCAUAGAAGACCAGGUAACAUCGGCGCGGGUGGGGAAAAGGCCAGAGUAUGGCCUGGUACCAAAAUGCCAGGACACAUGGGAAACAGAUGGAGAAUUUUACGUGGAGUCAAAAUUCUUCGUAUCAAUACCAAACAUAAUGUAAUCUGGACUAUGGGAGUAGCUAUACCUGGAGAAACCGGGGCUUUAUGUUAUUUGUAUGACACUAUGCUGCCUUCGAAAAGACUAAAAACGGCGCCUCCAUUCCCUACACAGUCAUCUCUAGAAGAUCUACCUGUUGAAUAUUAUGAUGAAGACAUUCAUCCCUUUGAGGGAGAGACGGUAUCAUUUGAAGAUGUGUAAACCUUUUAACUUGAAAUAAACAUGAUUUAAUGUGAAGUAAUAA